AGUCAAUUUAUUAUUAUUAUUUUUUUUUUGAGUUAAUUAAGAUAAAGUUAGUAAUGUUUAAAUUGACGAUUAAGAUUUGUUUGUUACUGUAUGUUGUGGAGGGUCAGAAAAAUCCGCAUUACAAAGAUGACCGAGACACGAUGGUCCACUUGUUUGAAUGGAAGUUUCAGGAUAUUGCUGAUGAAUGUGAACGUUUUUUGGGCCCAAUGGGUUACGGAGGUGUUCAGGUAUCACCAAUAAAUGAAAAUCUCAUACUACCAAAUCGACCAUGGUAUGAACGUUACCAGCCACUAUCAUUCAAAAUCAAAUCUCGUUCCGGCGAUGAGGCAUCCUUUGCCAAUAUGGUAAAACGUUGUAACGCCGUGGAUGUGCGUAUUUACGUCGACAUUGUUGUAAAUCACAUGACCGCAGAUGUCUCUCCAGCAAUCGGAACCGCUGGAUCAACCGCCAACACUAGCACACGCUCGUAUCCCGCAGUGCCAUACUCGAUUAUAGAUUUCCAUCCAAUCUGCGCAAUAAAUAAUUACAACAAUGCCAUUGAGGUACGUAAUUGCGAGUUAAGUGGUCUCCAUGAUUUAGAUCAAAGUAGAGAGCAUGUCAGAAAUACAAUUGUUAAUUUUAUCAACAAGAUUAUUGAUCUUGGAGUUGCUGGAAUUCGAGUGGACGCAGCCAAACAUAUGUGGCCGGAAGAUCUCAAGGUUAUUUAUUCGCGAUUGAAAAAUUUGAGCGUUGCUCAUGGGUUUCCCGCGCAAUUACGACCAUUUAUAUAUCAAGAAGUCAUUGAUUUAGGUGGUGAAGCUAUUAAGAAACAGGAGUACACACAAUUGGGCAGAGUAAUUGAAUUCACCUAUGGAGUUGUUCUGGGAAAUAUUUUUCGGAGGAAUGAACCACUUAAGUACUUAAAGAACUGGGGCAAUGGCUGGGGUCUUUUGGACUCAGGAGAUGCAUUGGUUAUGAUUGAUAAUCAUGAUAAUCAACGUGGUCAUGGCGCUGGUGGCGCCACUAUUUUGACUUACAAACUCCCUAAGCAAUAUAAGAUGGCAACAGCAUUUGAACUAGCUCAUCCUUAUGGUACAACCCGAGUGAUGAGUUCAUUUUAUUUCGACGAUCCAAGCAUUGGACCACCGGCUUACGAAAAUGGUACAAUAAUUUCUCCAGAAAUUGAUUCGAGAACAGGUGCCUGCAAAAAUGGAUGGGUUUGUGAACACCGUUGGCCUCAAAUUCGUAAAAUGGUUUUGUUCCGUAUGGUAGCCAAAAAUGAUCCAAUCAAAAACUGGUGGGACAAUGAUGAUGAUCAAAUAGCAUUCUCUCGCGGUUCAAAUGCAUUCAUUGCUCUAAAUAAUGAUGAUGACGACUUGCGACGUAAUUUAACUACUGGUUUGCCUGCUGGACGUUACUGUGACGUGAUAACUGGUGAAGUUGAGAGUAAUAAAUGCACUGGAAAGAUUGUCGAUGUUGACAAAGAUGGUAUUGCAUUCAUUGACUUACCGGCAAAUGCAGACGACGGCGUAAUUGCAAUCCACAUUGGACGUCAAUCAUUGCUGCAGUCUUGAGUUAUUACUUUCAAUAUUAUUUGAUACUUAUUGUGGGAAAUAAAUCAUAAU